AUGGAAAAUGGGAAUAAGAAACGAUUGAAUAAUUACGAGAAAAAUAAAGAGAGGAUAAAGAAACUAAAAUUAGAAAGACAAGCAAUUAAGAAGAAAGAAGAAGGAAAAGAAAAAUGUGAGAAUGAAGAAAAACAUAAUUUUAACUUAAAAAAAUAUGCAUUAUGUAUAGGAUAUAUUGGUUCACAGUAUCAUGGAUGUCAAGGGCAAGGUGAAAAUUGUGCAACAAUAGAAAAUACAUUAGAAAGAACAUUAUUAAAAAUUAAUGCAAUUAAAAAAAAAAAAAUUUUUAAAAAUUUUAACUUUUGUUUAUCAAGAUCUGCUAGAACAGAUCAAGGGGUUCAUGCCCUUUUUAAUAUUUUUGUUUAUAAUGUUGAUAUAAAUUGCACUAAUAUGAAAAAUGAAGAGGUCCAUAAAAUGGAUGUGGUAAAUAAUGAAGAGGAUAAUAUGAUGGUUAACAAAAAUGGUGACCAUAAAACUAUUAAUGAUAAUAAUGAUGAAAACUUUUGUGGGAUGAUGGAAAAUAAAAAGAAUGAUCAGGAAAAAAAUUAUGAAGAGCUUUUUAAAGAACGAAAAGAAAAAGAAGAAAAAUUUAAAAAUUUAUUAAAUGAUAAUUUACCAUGUGAUAUAAAAUGUUUUGAAAUUUAUAAAGUUACAAAAAGUUUCGAUGCAAGGAAAUUUUGUUCUUUUAGAUUUUAUGAAUAUUUAUUUCCUGUUUAUGUUUUAAGUGAAGUACAAGUAAAUGAAAAAUAUAAAGAAACAUUUCAUCAAGCAAUAUUAGAUAUAGAUGAAUAUGUUCAAAGGUGUAAAGAAGAAAAAAGAACAAGGCGAAAUAAUGAAAAAAAUCAUAUUGACAGUACAAAUAAAGAGAAUGAAAACAUACAUUUUAAAAAUGGGGACAAUAUAGAUAGUAUGAAUUCUACCACAAAUAACAAUUCAAAGGAUUUUCCUUGUACUAACGAUAAUAUGGAACAACCAAGUAUUGUGGAAAAUAUAAAAAGAGAUAUAAUAGAUGAAGAUAUAUUUUCCAUAAAACAUUUUAAAGAAGAUUUAAACGAAGAAGAAUUAAAUACAUUUUUUGAUAUAUUUAAUAAUUAUGUAGGAUAUCAUAAUUUUCAUUGUUUUACAAAAAAAAAGAUUGAUCAAACAACUUAUCGAUAUAUAAAAUAUUUUGAUGUAAGUACUGUGAAAUUAUUUGAUUAUCAUUUUUUAUCUGUAAAAAUUUUAGGCCAAUCUUUUUUAAUGCAUCAAAUUAGAAAAAUGAUUACAUUAGCUGUUGAAACAUAUAGAAAGGCUACUUCUAUUAAUUCUAUAUAUUAUUGCUUGAAUACUAAAAAUUAUAUACCUAUCACAUUAUUUCCAUCAGAUGGAUUGAUGUUGAUAUGUCCAUAUUUUAAUGCUUAUAAUGAAAAAGUGUGCAAACAGCCACAUACUCUACCUAUAUGUUUUGAAGAAACAGAAGAUAUUAUGGAAUUUAAGAAAAAUAAAAUUGGAAAAUGCAUUAUAGAAAAA